AUGAAAAUGUCCGCCGAAACUCUAGUCGCACCUACAUUGUCCAGUUCUACUAAUUUAAGUUUGAAUGCUGAACCGCCCAAGCCCGAUGUCAAUCCUGAAACAACCAUUUUCAUAGGAAAUCUGGCCAGCGACUGCUCAGAACAAGACUUAAUGCAAGUGUUUGGUAAGGAUGUGGAGGUCGAAAUUCCCUCCAAUAAGACUGGAAAAUUCUACAAGCAAAGAUACGCGUUCGUUAAAUUCGCAGACAAGAUAGAUUUCGAGGCUAUUAAAGAAAAAUACGAUAACACUGUUGUCAAAGAUAGGGGUAUUUGCGUGAAGCAGGCCCUUACUAAAGAACAGAGAGAUCAGCACAAACAAAUGCAACAACAAAAGCGGAUGGCUGCAAAUGGGAAAGGAUCUACCGCUCGCAAAGGCAAAAAAUUUCCGAGAGGUCAGGCCGUGCCCGCACCCCCACAGAGAGAGAAUAUUCCUCUCGAACAAAUGCAACGAUCGUCUGAUACGUUGUAUGUCAAUAAUAUUCCAUACUACUCCACAAAGGAGGAACUGGCGGAAUUUUUCGGUACUACCCCCGAAUUGAUUGUCCUUCCUAUGAGACGCAUGAGAGAUACCCUCUCAAACCGAUUUUUCUACUCAAAAUCAAUGAACAGGGGUAUUGCAUUUAUUACCUUUGACAACUUGACAGGCGAAGAUGCAAUCGUAAAGAAGAUGGAACUUUUCCAAGGCAAAGUUUUGAAAGACAGGGAAAUAACAGUUGAUGUAGCUGCUACAAAACCUGAAACUGAUGAGAACAGCAAGUCAGCUUCUGAUGGCGCGCAGGCUGUUUCUUCGUCAGAAGAUGCUAUUAAAGACGAAGAAAUUUAA